AUGGCCAGGAAUUUUAAAAACCGAAUCAACAGCUGGCCCACAGUAAAUGCUCCUACAGCAGUGCAGAUUAAUCAUGCUGCUGCAGCAACUACCCAUUCCUCCUCUGGGCCAGGGGCCCACGUGCACUAUCUUCACGCAGCCGUCCAUGAUUCAAGGGGCAG